UAUUAUCAAUCACGUAGACGUACAAUGUCCAUGUUCUUGUUAGAUAAAACAAAACGAUUAGUUUACUUUAACAAUCAAAAAUCAAGAUUAGGCUACGGUAACAUUUUAUAGUCAUAAGUAUGACUCUACCACUACCUAUACCACCCUGUGCGAAAAGGGAUGGCCUGAGCGGGCUAGGAUGUGAACGAUUUGAUUACGCUAGUACUAUGGCUACAACUUUACUAGCCCCGGUUAAAACUGAACGUGAGAUCCUUGAACACUCAAUGUCGGAAGAUGAUCCUAAUGCUAAUACUCAGCUACCUAGUGAAGUAGGAGAGCAGCCCCGUUGGGGCCCUCGGCACCGAGGCGCACAAGAACUCGCAGAACUUUAUAGUCCAGAAAAACGGCUGCAGGAGUGGGUAUGUGUUGUAGUCUGUUGCACAUUAUGUGCAUGUGCAGGCUUUCUCAUGGCCAGAUAUAUCCAUGCAGAUGCUUCUCUAUUACUGGCUGCCAUAGCUGGUGUAGUGACAGCAGAUUUUGCUUCAGGGGUUGUCCACUGGGCUGCUGACACAUGGGGAGCAGUUGAUCUUCCUAUUAUAGGCAAGAAUUUUAUACGACCUUUCCGUGAACAUCACAUCGAUCCAACGUCAAUAACGCGACAUGAUUUUGUGGAAACAAAUGGUGACAAUUUCGCUAUCACUAUACCUGUACUUGCGAGGAUCGUUUGGCAGCUGGUUACUUAUGACGCUUUCACAAUACAAAAGCAAUUUCAUUGGAUUGCGUAUUGGUAUUUGUGCUGUAUUUUUGUGGCGAUGACAAAUCAGAUCCACAAGUGGUCGCACACGUACUUCGGGCUGCCCGCGUGGGUGGUCUGCCUGCAGGAGUGGCACGUGGUACUACCGCGGCGCCACCACCGCAUACACCACGUUGCGCCGCACGAGACUUACUUUUGUAUUACGACAGGCUGGCUAAACUGGCCAUUAGAGAAAUUGCAGUUUUGGUCUACGCUUGAGAUUUUUAUAGAAGCUUUAACCGGUUGCAAGCCCCUAUGACUGUUUUUCAUAAUACUUUGCAAAUUGUCAACACUGGGUAAAGUUAAGUGUUCGGAAUUGCGAACGAAAGACAAAAAGGAACUUUUCAAACAACUUGAAGAGUUAAAAACGGAGCUUACCAAUUUACGUGUUGCAAAAGUUACUGGUGGAGUGGCUUCAAAGCUCUCGAAAAUACGUGUUGUAAGGAAGGCAAUUGCACGUGUUUACAUUGUGUACCACCAAAACAUGAAGGUGAAUUUAAGAAAUCACUACAAGAACAAGAAAUAUAAGCCACUUGAUCUGAGGCCUAAGAAGACACGUGCUAUGCGUAAGGCACUUACCAAACACGAAUCAAAAAUCAAAACUCAAAAAGAGAUUAGAAAGAAAUCUCUGUUUCCUCCUAGAGUUUAUGCAGUAAAAGCGUAAAUAAAUAUGUAAAAUAUAA